AUGUCUAAAAUACCAAGCCAGCAGGUGGUCAUUGUCGGAAUCGACGCAAAUGCGAAGAUGGGACUCGAACAGCAAUCCGAUGUGCUAGGAAAAUGGUACUAUGCAGCGGAGCGCACGUCGGAAAACGGUGACCGUCUGGUCGACUUGUGCGAACAGACGGGCCUCAUCAUCGCUUCCACGUUUAAGAGGAAUCAUCGACGCCAUCAGCUCAUGUGGCAGGGGUCAACCCUUUUAACGCCUGGAGAGCAGCGCAAGCGGAAGAUGAGGACUCUUAAACUUCAGCUCAACUACGUUCUGGCGAGGAACAUUCCUCAGUCAGAUAUCAGAAAAUCUAGAGCUAUUUGGGACGUCGGGUUCGACCCUGAUCACCGUCCAUUUCUUCUCAGCUUCAAGAUACGGUUCCACAAGAGAAACCGAGGAGUUCCUCUUCAACUGAAAAUCGACAUAGCAGGUCUGAAAGACAAUGAAUGCAGAAGAAAAUUCCGCCAACGUGUGUCUAUUCAUGUUGGAGUACGGACCAGGAGGAAGCUUAGCGAUGCGGAUUCCUUCUCAAAGUGCAUCCAGAACUCUGCAAGGGAAACGCUCCCGGUUCUAUUGCCGCGGAAAAAUGUCGCGCACAGCACUGGUGACUUCAACCAGGAAAAGCGUCUUAGAAGGAAGCUGCGUCGUCAACUGCAACAAGACCGCGAUAACGAGUGGACGUCAAGAGCGAUGGAAUUUGAGAAGGCGUGGGAGGACAGGAACCCGCGAAAAGCCUACGCUCUACUAAAACCGUAUAGCGACAAAGUGAAAAGAUGUUCCCAUGUCCUCAACACUGCUAAUGGGGUAGCUGUCGGUGAAGCAACCCUUCCAAUUUGGAAGGAACACUUCAAGACCUUGCUGAACCGGCUAGCACCGUCAGCUCCUGAACUCGAACACGUUCAUAGACCGACAUGUGCGGUUAACGAGGAGCCACCGACCGAGUCGGAGGUCCUGGCCUGUAUUCAGAAAAUGAGGAAUUUAAAAUCUGGUGGAGACGACGGGGUUAGCGCAGAAAUGCUGAAAUGUCUUCCUCCGUCUGGGAUUCGUGAGAUGACAAAGAUCAUCCGUUCAAUAUGA